AUGGCAAUCGCCCGGCGGUCUCCCAAAGAUCCGUCGCCCGCCGAGAUCGACGAACACCGCGCAGCGGGGCAUGUUACGCACCGUUCCUGGUGCAUACACUGCUGCAGGGCCCGUGCUGGGGCCCCACGACAUGCGACCGGCGAGGCUGCGGACCACGACGCGGGUAGGUUGCCCUACGUUUCACUAGACUACUUUUACCUGAACUCUGGCCAAGAAAAGAGUUUUAAGGAAGUUUGUUUGAAAAGCGACAACGAGAACCCCAUCGUGGCGCUGAAGAAGAAGGUGAAAGAGGAGAUGAGUUUGAAGGUGCACCUCGUUGAGGUGCCGGUGGAGGACCACCAAGCAAACGGAUACAUUGAGGUGGGCGUGCGUGAGAUGAAGCGGCAGGUCCGGGCGAUUCUCUCGGACUUGCAAGAGCGGCUUGGUUUCGAUAUCGAGCCGGCCCAUCCAUGCAUGAUGUGGCUUCCGCGCCACGCUGCCUACCUGCUUUCUCGGUUCCGCGUGGGAGCGGACGGCCGGACGCCUUACGAGAGGACGUUCGGAAGGAAGUGGAAGACUCCACUUGUGAGCUUCGGCGAGCACGUGCUCUUUAGGCCGAGGCAGCCGCGAGACGGCAGGAAACACGACCUAGAGCCCAGGGUUAGCAUGGGCAUGUUCGUGGGGGUUGGCGCCAACAAUGACGUGUUCAUCAUGACAGAACGAGGUGUUGUGAAGGGCGCCUCGAUCAUGCGCCGGCCUCCUGCGGACCAGUAUAAGUACGAGAACUGGAGCAAACUCCGAGGUGUUCCUUGGAGGCUCCAGGCCCGAGAGCCAGGAGAGCUUCGGGUCGACCUGCCUGUGGUGGUUGGACAGCCGAGGCGUGCGCCGCAGGAGGAAGUGGUUCCGAGGAACCUGUACGUUCUAAAGAGCGACCUGGAGAGGCACGGCUACACGCCGCUGUGCCCGGGCUGUGAAGCCCUGAUCUGCGAUAUGCCGCGCAGAUCGCACAAUAACGAGUGCCGCCUAAGGAUCCAGGCGGAGCUUCAGAAGACUGAAGAUGGAAAAGCGCGCAUUGAUGCGGCCAGGGCCCGGCUUGACGCCGGGAGGAGGCCUAAGAACCAAGGAGGGGCUCCAGCAGCUGCGGCCGCGGCCAACGCACCUGUGUUGGUCGGCGCGCCGGAGCCAGACGCCGAAAUGGCUGCGGGAGAAGCAGCAGGAGAGCCCGAGCCCAGAGGUGCCGCUCGGGAGCUGCAGGAACGCGAGGACGUUCGAGACGGAAGCCCCAGGAAGAAGAGGAAGGAAGGAAAGAAGAAAGGAGAGAAGAGAGACGCCGAGGAGGACGUCGAAGUGCUGCACGAAAGGAUGCAGCAAGCAGAUGGAGGAGGAGAAGAAGCAACAGUGAUGGGGCCACUCCCUUCUGCUGGGAGUAGAGAUCCCCAACCAGAGCGGGUGCCAGAGCCAUCGGCCGAUUCGGCUGGAGGAUCUGGCGCUAUGGCUCUGAACCAGUUCACCGAGUGCCUUUGCGCUGUCUUGAGGGACGCGCGCGCCAAGGGCACCGUGAAGGAAGUUUUCUCCGUGCCGCGGGUUGCGGCACAGGCACAAGUGAAGGCCAUGAGGCCUGGUUUCUCUGUGGACCUCGAGGCUACUCGUGGGGACGGCGAAGCCUGGGACCUCAGCAAGGACUCCCACGUGAACGAGCUGUUCGAGCUUUUGGAGCGUGAGGAGCCCAAGUUUCUUGGGGGCUCGCCACCACGUGGCCCGCUCUCAAGUUUACAGCAGGUGGUGGAUGCAUCUGCGAAGGUCGCGCCUUCCGCUAGGCGCGAGGCUGUGGAACGAGACCAGAAGCAUCUGAGGACCACCGUCCGUGCUUACUGGACGCAAGUGAACGCAGGAAGGUACUUUCUGCACGAGCACCCCUCGGGAGCAAGAAGCUGGGAGGAGCCAGAGGUUAAGGAACUCAAGGCGGACCCCCGCGUCUUCGAAGUUCGAGGUCCCACCUGUCGGUGGAGUCUGAGUGGAAGCUCGAAAGCGACUGUGAACAAGGAGACGCGGUGGCUCACGAACUCGAGUACCGUCGCCGACGUGCUGCGCAGAGCGAGCGCGGCAUCAAAGGGCAAGCUUUGGCACCGGGAAGCCGAGAUCGUCAAGGGACGUGUCAAGGCCACCCAGGAAUAUCCCGCAAAGCUUGUGCAGGGUAUCUUGGAGGCGUUUCGCGCCCAACUUAUCGAGGACGGCGAGUUUUCUCAAGCUCUCAACAUGAUGGAAGCAGGUCCUGUACCGGACUCUGCUCCUGUCAUUGACGAGGAGGAAGAGGUCUUCAACCACCUUCCAGAGGCGAGCGAUCCUAUCGAGGGACCUGUCUACGACUCCAACACUGGAGCAGAGUUGGACCUCGAGAAGGUUGCAGCUGCUCGCAAGGAAGAACUAGAGUGGGUUCGAAAGCAAGACCUCUACGAGAAAGUUCCGGAGGAGCAAGCAAAGGCUGCAGGAAAGAUGCCCAUAACGAUGAAAUGGGUAGAUCGCAAUAAAGGGGAUAACGAACGGCCCAACUACCGAUCACGACUUGUCUGUCGUGAGGUAAAGCGUGCCAAGAACGCGGAAUUUAUUCCCGAGUUCGCUUCCUUUAGCGCGAUGCCGCCCCUCGAGGCGGUAAAACUGCUCCUGUCACUCAUGGUGACACUGAAGGUCGCCAAGAAGAGCCGAUCGCCUCUGAAACUUCGGCUCAUCGACAUAUCCCGGGCUCACUUCUAUGGGAAGGCCCAGAGGGAUGUCUUUGUGACGUUACCUGAGGGUGACCGUACACCAGGGAUGGUUGGCAAGCUUCGCAAGUCCAUGUAUGGGACGCGCGAUGCAGCUGCCAUAUGGCAGGCUGAUUAUACCGCGGCCCUUUUGGCUGCUGGGUUCGAAAGAUGCCCAGCAUGGCCUGCCAUCUUCUUCCACAAGGAUCGAGAGAUUCGUCUCCUGGUCCACGGUGACGAUUUCCUCAUUUUGAGUGACGACGCCGGACAAGCCUAUGUGGAGCAGAUCCUGAGAUCCAAGUACGACCUUAGGGUUGAUGGAAGCAUCGGGCAAGGGGAAAAGAAGCAGGAGUUUUGUGUACUGAACCGUCUCGUACGUUUCGACGAGAGGUCAGGCACUAUCUCCUACGAGCCUGACCCCAGGCACGCUGAAAUCAUUCUGAAAGACUUGGAAAUGGAAACCUGCAAGCCGGUAAAGAGCCCAAACGAAAAGCUUAAGGCAGAAGACGUUGCAAAGCGUCUGGAGAUGCCUACGGUUGCGCCGGACCGCAUUAGCAAGUACCGCUCCUUGGUCAUGCGUGCGGCCUUUUUGGCGCAAGACAGGCCAGAUCUGUCUGAAACCGUCAAGUGCCUUGCACGGAAGAUGCAAGGGCCUACGGAGGCUGACUUCGGAGACCUCAAAAGGGUGGCUCGGUAUCUGAAAGGUACAAUGCGGCUGGUGCAAAGGUUCACGCCACAGAGGUUCAGCGAGGUAGUCACAGUCCACGCGGACAGUGACUUCGCGGGAUGCCUUCAGACGCGCAAAAGCACCACCGGACUCGUGUGCUACUACGGCAAGCACGAGGUGAGGCACUCGAGCAACCUUCAAAGCACGGUGUCACUAUCCUCGGGAGAAGCCGAGUACUACGCUCUGGUGAAGGGAGUGGCCAGUGGGAUGGCUACUCAAGAGCUACUGCGUGGAUGGGGCUUGGACGUGAAGCUGCAGGUUCACACUGACAGCGCUGCUGCACUGGGUACCUGCAACAGACUCGGGUUGGGUAAAUCCCGACACGUGCAGACACGUUACCUGUGGAUCCAAGAGAAGCUCGCGAACAAGCAGUUCGAGCUGUUCAAGAUCGACACCAAGCUGAACACGGCUGACCUGCUUACUAAGUCGCUAGCCGUGGAAAGUGCUGAGCAGCACCUGAAACGCAUGGGCUUCGAAGUGGUCUCUGGAGGGGUGAUUCCGGACACGUAUCUUCCUAAAAGGCAUAUUUUUGCAAGGUACGGGGCACUUGCGCAGUGUGGCGCUGCGAAUGAAGUGGAGGCGGAUGAGGAGCGCAAGGCUGGAUGGCUGGAGGGCUGGAAGGCUAGAAGGUUGGAAGGUUGGAAGGCUGGCGGGGCUGGAAGGCUGGAUGGAGGCGCUGGAAGGCUGGAAGGCUGGAGGGGCUGGAAGGCUGGAGGGGCUGAGAAGGCUGGAGGGCUGAAGGGCUGGGAAGAGGGCUGGAGAGGCGAAGGUUGGAGGAUCCGGCGCACUUACGCAGCUAGCUUCUGCAUGCUUCUGGGUGUAGCAGAGGGUGCCAAAGCUCUCGCGGACGAGGAGGCUGCAGACCUGGAUGAGCUGGACAGGCCACCGGGCUCCCUUCAAUCGUGGGCUAUGCGAGCAGGAUGCUAG